AUGAAAAGGAAACGGAGUGCCAGGGAUGGUGUGGCAGAAGUGACUCAUAAGAGCCUCCAAGCAGACGGCAACACCUACCAGGGCUACUGGGCUCAGGGCAAGCGGCACGGGCUGGGGGUGGAAACGAAGGGCAAGUGGAUGUACCGGGGGGAGUGGUCACAUGGUUUCAAGGGGCGCUACGGGGUCCGGCAGAGCCUGUGCACCCCCGCUCGCUACGAGGGUACCUGGAGUAACGGGCUGCAGGACGGGUACGGCGUGGAGACCUACGGGGACGGAGGUGAGCGGCGUCGCGGGCGGCUCAGCUGCUCCACGAGACGGUGCGGUGGGCAUUGCCCAGGCUGCGGGGAAGCGGGGAGGACGCGAAGCGCACAUGUCCAGAAACCCGCCAAAACACCUGGGGAAGCUUCCCACCCACUUCCCGCGCCCUCCCUCCCCCGGGAGGGUGCUUUGGGAUGGGACUGGUGCGUGAGGAAAGAAGAGGGAAAAUACAAAAAUAAUAUUCUGGUCCGUGGAAUAAGGAAGCAGCUUAUACCAAUAAGAAAUACAAAAACUAGGGAGAAGGUGGACAGAGCAAUAGAAGGCGCACAAAGGGCAGCCGCCAUGGCGAGAACCAAAGUGGAAAUUGCGAAUUCAAGGACUGCACACGCAAGAGCGAAAGCUGACGCUGCUGACCAGGCUGCGCUGGCCGCCCGCCAGGAGUGCGACAUCGCGAGAGCUGUAGCCAGGGAGCUGUCACCUGAUUUCUACCAACCAGGCCCCGAUUAUAUCAAACAGAGAUUGCAGGAAGGUGUAGAUGCUAAAGAAAACCCAGAAGAAAAGGUACCAGAAAAGCCACCUACCCCAAAGGAAUCUCCUCAUUUUUAUCGCAAAGGCACGACACCCCCGAGGUCUCCUGAGGCAAGUCCCAAACAGAGCCACUCUCCCCAACCUCCCUCCCCAAAGUCCAUGAAGAAGCAAAACCCCACCUCUGGGGCCAGACUCAAUCAAGAUAAAAGGAGUAUGGCUGACGAGCAGGUGACAACUGUGGUCAAUAAGCCCUUGAUGUCAAAGGCUCCCUCAAAGGAGGUCGGAGCCAUCGUGUCCCAGUCCAAGUACUCUGGCCGCCACCACAUCCCCACCCCCAGUAAUGGGGAGCUGCAUUCUCAGUAUCACGGCUACUAUGUGAAACUGAACGCCCCCCAGCACCCUCCAGAACACGUGGGGGACGAUGAUGAAGCGAGCCAGUCUUCCUCAGCACUGGUGCACAAGCCAUCGCCUAACAAGUGGAGUCCCCCCAAACCUGUGACAAAACCAGUUGCCAAAGAAAGCAAAGCUGAGCCAAAAGCUAAGAAGUCUGAACUUGCUAUACCAAAGAAUCCAGCAAGCAACGAUUCGUGCCCUUUGGAAAAAGAAGCCAAUUCAGGCCCUAAUUCAGUCAUGAUUGUCCUUGUCAUGCUGUUGAAUAUCGGGUUGGCCAUUCUUUUUGUUCACUUUCUAACUUGAUUGGAAUUAGGAAAGUGAAGUCAUGACAACUAGUGGUGUUAGCCCACAGUCCUCUGCCGUGGUGUCGUCAGCCCUUUAAAUGGCACACCCCAGUCAGACUCAGACACAGGCAAGGAGGCUUGGAAUUAGGAUGGGAUCGCGAGAGAGAGAUGACACUUGGAAAAAUUCAGCCAGAGGACCUGUUCAGUUCCCCCUGGGAAUGCUUUGUGGCUUUGGGGUCCUCUGGGAGCUGAAGCACACAGCCAUGUUGGAGAACAAAACUUAAUAAUAAUUCUUUUUUAAAAUCUGCUGAAGCAGCCCCAUCCGGCGAAGUUCUUGGCAUUGGCUACUCCAUCUGUCCUAGCAGAGUGUGACUAAACUGGAAAUGUAUGGAGCUGCAUUUUUUUUUUUUUUUUUUGAUGGAAGUCAACAGCUGCCUUACUAUUUUACCAUCUGACGUUUUUAGUAGGGAGCUGGGGAAACGACUGCCCGAGGAAUGCGGUCGGAGGAUUGUGUUGCUGUGGACGAGGUUCCAACAUUCACUCCUAUCUCAUUAGAAGAAAUAGGUAGCAGCAUCACUCACCAGUCUUAUGCCGUGACCUGCUGCUUUAACAUCUCCUGGAAUGUUCCGGGAGAGAACGUUUCGUUUGCUUGCACGACUCUGCUCAUUUUUGCUGUUUAUUUAAAUACGAUGUACAGUCACCUACCACCUGCGGUCCUGGCUGGACUAAACGCACAUGUUGCAUCUCAAGGAAAAGAAACAACAAAAACGCUAGUGGAAAAUGUGUUUAUUUUGAUAGCAAUACAUCAUUUUUUUAUGUCGUUUAUUCUUAAGCCUAUAAAAGUUUAUUUAUCUUUAAAGCUUAACAAUCUGAAGGCAUUAUACCUUCCAAAGAAAUAAUCUAAAUAUUUUUAACAUGACCGAGAUGAAUUAUUUAUGCACUUAGGAGGUGCUAAAUUUUAAAAGCUGAAAGACAACAGAAUUUUAAAGUAUAGUCAAAAUGUUGCAUGGAUUGCAGUAAUCAGUGUUUAAAGGAUUCAGUUUCAUUGCUGACGUACUUUACAACCAAAUAAAAUCUUGUCAGUGGCUAUGUUAAUUCCCAUGAAAGUUAAGCAAGAUGCUAUAAAUAACUACUCUUCUCUUUUUAUUUUCUUUCCAACUUAAAUUUUUGUUGAAUACAUUCAGGUAGAGCAUAAAACCUUGUUAAAAAUCACUGCUUCUCAAUCUUCUGCCUUUCAUGUUUUUCAAAAGUCUUUUUGUAACUUCAUUUCAAAUUUUAAAGACUUAGAUAUUUUUAUUUUAAAUAUUUGUCCUUUGUUAUUCUGACAUACUCCUUUUUUGCUGUUUUAUAAUUUAUCCUUUAUUACUCAGAAGCAUGCUUAGAGAAUCUGCAUAGUCUUUAUAAAAGUAAUUAUUAAAAAAGAAAUCAGGGGAGGAAAGGUAUGUUAAAUCUCUUGAAAACAUUACUCUGUGGAGGGGGAGCACUUCCUAAAGACGUUCAUGAUUUGCCUGGUUUAAUCGGAUUCUUUUUACAUUACUAGCUACCUUCUCAGUGCAGAAGAGACAGUUCACGUAGUUCCCACGGUAGCACAGGUGUGGGCUGCAUGCUUUGUCACCUGCAGGGUAGUAACCCAGUGGUGUUUUUUGCAGAAGUACAAUAUGUUGAGAAUCCUGGGUGUGACCAAUAUGGAAUAAAGAAGGCGGCAGAAAGAGAGCAAAUGAAAAAUUACAACUUGUAUAUUUAUUUUUUACAUUUUUGCUUUGACUUUUUCGAUUUAGGAAGUACGUUUUUACCCAAGAACAAACGUUUAAGUUCCUGUGUCAGUCUCAGCACUCUCACUGCUCCUCCUAACCCUUUAGCUCCUUAUGCUGGGGAAAGCUGAUUUUUUUUUAAGAAAAUAAAAUAUUUAAUCUUAUUAAGUGUUUAUUUAAAAUGUGUAAUGCUUUGGAGAUAAUGGGUAACAGAUAACUAAAGGAUAUGUUUAUAAAGUGAGCAUGUUUGUUCCAUUUAUAAAUAUAUGUAUGAUUUAUAAGCUUUUUUAAAACAAAGCUCAAAUUGUUGGUAUUUUUCUAAAAUGUGCCCAGCUGUAUUUUACAUGAAGGCUCUUUCUAAUGGGUUGUUAUACUGUACUCUACAUUUUGGACAGCACAUGAAGUCUGCCAAUGUACUUAAUAAAACAUGACUUUGUUUAUUUAAAGUUUCUUGCUGUGAAAAAGAACUCCCUACCUGUGAGUUCCUUUAUUUAUAAUCCUUGAAACCAAAAUGUAUAAUGUACAGUUUUCACAACUGUAUCAGCUCUAAUAAAAAGAAAUCGGUUAUUAAUAAAGUUUGGAGGUGUGUUUC